UGGCGACUCACGCUUCAUCGUGCGGUUAACAACGAGGCAAAAAUAGAAACAAAAAAUAUGUAAGAGAGAUGGAUAGACUGCAGCAUUCAUCUACCCGAGUCGGAGGGUAGUCCCUGUUUCGGUGCUCUACUCUCUCUCUCUCUCUCUCUCUCUCUCUCUCUCUCUCUCUCUAUCCAAGAAGCUUCAGUCCCAGCUGUGCCACCAUCUCUUCUUCACUCCCUCGCGUCGUCUUCAGGCGCCGACAGAUCUUCUUCCCUUUCUCAUUUUGUCUCGUCAUUUUCUCAUCCAACUCUCAAAUCUCCUUCUCUUCUGUAAUUCUCUUUCUGACGCUCUCCGGAAGCUCGAAGAAGUUUGCGAAGUCGAAUUGGUCGAGAUUAUGCAGAGUUGUGGGAACUAGGGUUUGCUGUUGUCAUGGCGUCCGAGGUUUCGCAGAGCUGGAUGGACUCCUACAAGGGUAUGUCCUCGGACAACAUUAAGGGUUUGAUUCUCGCGUUGUCCUCGAGCUUCUUUAUCGGCGCUAGUUUUAUAGUCAAGAAGAAGGGCUUGAAGAAGGCCGGUGCAUCUGGAAUUAGGGCAGGGGUUGGAGGCUAUUCUUACUUAUAUGAGCCACUUUGGUGGGUGGGCAUGAUAACAAUGGUCGUGGGGGAAAUUGCUAACUUUGCAGCCUAUGCAUUUGCUCCAGCUAUUCUAGUCACUCCCCUUGGUGCACUGAGCAUUAUUAUCAGUGCUGCACUUGCUCAUAUUAUUCUACGGGAGAGACUACAUGUUUUCGGUAUUCUUGGUUGCGUUCUCUGCGUUGUGGGUUCUACAACAAUUGUCCUGCAUGCUCCGCAGGAACGUGGUAUAGAAUCUGUAAAAGAAGUUUGGGAUCUUGCAACUGAGCCGGCUUUCCUCUUGUAUGCUGCUUUGGUGAUAACAGCAGUGUUUGUACUCAUAAUCCACUUUAUCCCACAAUAUGGCCACACACAUAUAAUGGUUUAUAUUGGAGUUUGUUCUCUUGUGGGUUCUUUGUCGGUUAUGAGUGUUAAGGCACUCGGAAUUGCCUUGAAGCUGACGUUAUCAGGCACGAAUCAAUUGAUUUAUCCGCAAACAUGGGCAUUCGCUAUAGUUGUAACUACUUGUGUGAUUACUCAAAUGAACUAUUUAAACAAGGCUCUUGAUACAUUUAACACGGCUGUUGUAUCUCCCAUAUACUAUGUUAUGUUCACAUCACUGACCAUUUUGGCCAGUGUCAUCAUGUUUAAGGAUUGGGAUAGGCAGAAUCCAACCCAAAUUGUAACAGAAAUGUGUGGGUUUGUGACAAUCCUUUCUGGAACUUUCCUUCUUCACAAAACAAAGGACAUGGCAGAUGCGAGGACUGUUUCCAUCACGUGUCAAUAUAUUUUGGGGAAAAACAAUGGUUCAUCAACUUCUCUGUCCAUGCGACUUUCUAAGCACACAGAAGAUGUUGGCUUUGGUCCUGAAGGCAUCCCUCUUAGGAGGCAGGAAUCCUUGAGAUCAUGAUGAUUAUUCUUUUGUUCACAUCUGCAUUUUGCGCAAAAUCAGAUCUUAUUUUGGGAAGGGACCUCAUCGAUGUCAAUUUGUAUCUUCUCGAGCAAUUGACCAACCCCAUCCAUUUUUGAUACGGCUGGAGGAUUUUCUUUUCCCCCACAAGUUUUCUUCUCCCCAAUUUCUGGGGAUUACAGUUUGACUUGAAGCUCUGCCUUGUAUACCCUUUUGUCCACUCCUUACGGUGAUAUUGCCCAAUGUAAUUAUGUGAAGGUUGGUUAAGUGUAUUUCAGUUUCAUUCUUGGAUUAAUUUUUGCCCUGGAGCACAUCUACAUUUCAACAAAAUGUGCUGAGGGAAGUUCAAGAAA